GAAUUCAGUAGGGAACACGGCAUCGUCGCCAACACUUCGGCAGAGCUAAAACUGAAUGCAACAGGGGAAAAGUUGACAGAUGAAAUGAGGAAGAAACAUCGUUAUUAUAUGUGGGCAAUUAAUGAAUCAGUUGCUCAGGAAAAGUUUCUGGCCGACCAGAAAGUCGUGCAGACCAUACCUACGGAAGCACCUGGAUGGGUCUAUGAGAGAACCGCCGCCGACUUGUUUCGGAAGAGAUCAGUAUCCAGUCACUUUGGCAACGGUAACUUCUUGGUCACGCAGGAGAACACACAUGUUAAUUCUGUCCUCACGACGUACAUAUAUUUGAGGAAACAGCAAAAGAUCAAAAUAACAGCAAAACAACUUGAAAGAUUUCCAAAGGAGCGCCCGUUCACGGCCAAGCAGUUCAAGACAUGCAGUGUGGUGGGAAACGGCGGCAUACUGAACGGAAGCAGCUGUGGAGAAGAGAUAGACGCGUCUGAGUUUGUGUUUAGGUGUAACACGGCUCCAAUGGACGAGAAAUAUCGGAAGGAUAUUGGAAACAAAACCAAUCUUAUCACCAUGAAUCCCACCCAGGUUCUCUAUAGGUACAAUUCGUUCGGACAGCCUCCAUUAAAAAAAAUAAUAAACAUUACUUUGCCGAGAACGUCGGAGGCUUUUAAGGAAGGAAAAGCAGAGUUUCUUAAGGACCUCUCAGCAUACGGGGACAGCUACCUCUUCAUUGAAGCCUUCUUGUAUGAGCUGGCCCUAAAUCGGUCAUUCUUAGCACAUGAAGUUCUUCAGGAAAGUGACAGUCACGUUAAGAACAAGGUCAUCUUUCCUCACCCUAACUUCGUCAGAUCGGUGCAGUCAUACUGGAAACAACAAGGAGUGAAGGGUCCCAUGGUGUCUACAGGACUGCUCCUGGUCACUAUCUCCACACAGAUGUGCGAGGAGGUGCACGUGUACGGCUUCUGGCCCUUCCACUCCGACAGGAACGACAGACGUCUGACCGAGCACUACUACGACAACAUCCUCCCCUCCCACGCUCACAAGAUAACUGAUGAGUUCAAACAACUGCAGCGUCUUCACAACACAGGUGUCAUCCGUCUGACGACCAAUGCGUGUCAAUGAGGAGAUAAUAUUAUGAUCAUAGCUUGCGUUUUACGAUCCCGGAAAACAACAGAAAUGCGGUUUACUGAAUCGUAUCUCAAUUCGUCAAAAUGGCUGAUGGCAAAGUGCCGCAUUUUUCUAGCCACCUGACGAACAUUUGACUCUGAAGAAAGGUCGGAGGUGACGGGAAAAUAGGUCAAUGUUGACUGGAAGUCUGUACCACCCCCUACAUAGUUUAGAGUGGAAAAUUAAA